AUGCCAGUAGCAGUUAUUGAUUGCACGCUGGUGAGUAGACUACCGUCUUCUUCUGUGCCGGUGAGUAGACUACCGUCUUCUUCUAUACUGCCAAGUCGCCUUGAUCUUCCUCCAGUGGUUACUACACUGUACGGACUUACUUUGCUAGAAAUACAAGGGGAAUUAAAUUUACCUUCACAAAAGCCAGCAUGUGCUUCUUGCAAAGAGUUAUCCGAGUCGGAAAAAGAAAAGCUUUCGCAAUUUAUAACCAUUGAUGAUAUUUACGAUGCUGUAAAGUUUGGCAAUUUGCAAUUUGACAGCAAAGACGAGAGUAAAGUCACCUUAUUUAUAGGUAAGAGUCAAAGAUUAGUUGGAAGUAUUGUCAAGUUGAAUAUACCAUUAGGAUUGAUGAAAAUACCUGUAAUGGAUCCAAAUAGAAUAAUUACUGAUGAUGAUGGUGACGAUGAAAAGGAUAAAAUCGAAAUGAUUGAUAUUAUUAGAGCUAAAAUGAUUUUCAAACAGCGUCCAUUGCCCAUAAUGUGA